CCUUUAACAAAAAAAAAAGGAGGCGGAUUGCAGUGACUGACUGCCCAAUGGCAGCGUGGAGUCUCAGGAGAGUUAGAGAGGAGAGAGAGAGAGGCACUUUCUGCCAUCCAAAUCCCUUAAACCAUCAUCAUUCCAACAAGAGAACCCGCUCUCUAACAGCUUCCAACCACUGAGACAUGACAGGCAGCAUUCCAGAGCCAGAGGCAGCAGCAGCAGCAACAGCAACAUAUACGCUGCACAGGGAGCAGCAUUAGCACCAAGGGAAAACUAGGCACAACAAUUCAACCCAAACAAACAAACAAACAAGCCCCCCCACGCCCAAGGGACUGGAUGCCAACUCAGAUUUCCAGCAAAAAAAGGCCACAGCUGACACCAAAACGGGUGGGAAAUAACGGUUUGGGGGGCCAGAAAGGAAUAACCAAGGAAGCGAACGCCAAGAGUAUAAACGGGAUUCAGCCAUGCUCCUUUUUUCAUCUCGCAGUGUUUUACUCUCAGUGUAUUACCCUCAGAUUUUCCUCAUCCUUACCAGUGGGAGUUACCUAGCUUUGUCAUCUGUGGUGGCUUUAGGAGCAAAUAUAAUCUGCAACAAAAUCCCAGGCUUGGCCCCUCGGCAACGAGCGAUCUGCCAGAGCCGCCCUGAUGCCAUCAUAGUGAUCGGAGAAGGGGCACAGAUGGGAAUCAAUGAAUGCCAGUAUCAGUUCCGCUAUGGCAGGUGGAACUGCUCAGCACUAGGCGAGAAAACAGUCUUUGGACAAGAGCUUCGAGUAGGAAGCAGGGAAGCAGCGUUCACCUAUGCCAUUACUGCUGCUGGGGUUGCACAUGCUGUCACUGCCGCCUGCAGCCAGGGCAACCUAAGCAACUGUGGCUGUGACCGAGAGAAACAGGGCUACUACAAUCAGGAGGAGGGCUGGAAAUGGGGAGGCUGCUCUGCGGAUAUCAAAUACGGCAUUGAAUUCUCCAGGAAGUUUGUUGAUGCGCGAGAAAUCAAAAAGAAUGCCCGGAGGCUGAUGAACUUGCACAACAAUGAGGCUGGAAGAAAGGUUCUUGAAGAGAGAAUGAAAUUGGAAUGCAAGUGUCAUGGCGUUUCAGGUUCCUGUACAACUAAGACCUGCUGGACCACACUUCCAAAAUUCAGAGAGAUUGGAUAUAUUCUGAAAGAAAAGUACAAUGCUGCAGUACAAGUGGAGGUGGUACGGGCCAGUCGACUACGACAGCCAACCUUCCUGAAGAUAAAGCAGAUGAGGAGUUAUCAGAAACCAAUGGAAACAGAUCUGGUGUAUAUCGAAAAGUCUCCCAACUACUGUGAGGAAGAUGCUUCCACGGGGAGCGUGGGUACCCAGGGACGACUCUGUAACCGUACGUCUCCUAAUGCAGACGGGUGUGACAUGAUGUGUUGUGGAAGGGGUUACAACACACACCAGUACACAAAAGUGUGGCAGUGUAAUUGCAAAUUCCACUGGUGCUGCUUUGUGAAGUGCAACACGUGCAGUGAGCGGACAGAGGUGUUCACCUGCAAAUAGUGGCAUAUGUUUAAAUAAACAGAACAAAUCACCACAUGUGAAGAAAGUGGAGUAUGACAGACAACUACAGCAUCAUUUUGCACAUCUAUUUUUCUUUGGGAAAAUAAGUCUCUCCCCACCUCUUACACUUCUAAGGAUGAUGCAUUUUGGGCUGGCUGGCCGUUGUGACUGCAAUGGAAAUAAGGGCAACAGGAUUAAGGUGAUGUUGACAAACACAUGCUACUUUUUCUUUUGUUUGUUUUUUACUGAAAUUUGGGUGUUAUAGAGUUUUCCUAUUAGAUUUUUAAGUUAUACAUAUCAAAGAAGCUGACUGAAUUACAGAUCCCAGGAGAGUUAAGGAAAAGACACUUUUUUUCAUAUUUUAGAAAAAAAACAAACAACAAAUUUGAAAACCUGUGCAAAUAAGACUUUUUAAAGACAAUGAAAUGUUCAUUGAAAAAACAGCAGCAUUGCUGCACAUAUUAAUUUUUUAAAAAGCAGGUAAAGCAAAAACAAACUGAUAGUGAGGCAAAAAUAUUAAAAUGGAAAAAAACCACAAUCCAUUUGAAAAAUAAAGUUCACAAACUUACGUCAGCUGCCAGUGACACUGGAACUCUAUGAAUGAACAUUACAAAUUAUUAUUUAUGUUUUUAAUAGUAUCAAAAAAUUCUAAGCACUAACGGGUAGCUAUGUCUUAAUUCUGUACUAAAUGUAAACUUAUUGGAACUCUGACUUUUUGAUUUUUGUAUUUGGUUCUCCCUAAGUUCUUUAAUGCUACUGAUCUAUUGUCACUCCACUACUAGAGAGUUCAAUUACUGUAGGCCUUAAGCAAUGAUCAGAAUUGAGCAAUAACAUCAUGCAAAACUGUGGUUACAAAUGCUUGAUACAAGUGGUUUCCUGCUCAUCCCUGAAUAAGAACUAGCAUUAAGAUUCAGAGUUGGGGCAGGGAGCACCUGUUUUCAUCUUGGCAUGGGUAAUUUUAAGGCACAGAGACAUGCUUCAACAGGUAUUAAAGGUUUUGCUUUGAAGAGAAGUCCCAUAGCAGGAUCUUUCAAACAAUUAUACUUCUUUGCAAAUUUUACAACAUCCAGUAGGGCUGACAGCUAUAGCAGGCCCCAGGACAAGAUGUGGGGGGACCCAGGCUCCGGGGUCCCAGAAAGGGUGGGUCUGAGAGCAGUCAGCCCUUAGCACCACCCAGCCCGCAGUGCACCCUUUCUAACCCUUCCCCUCCCCCCACCGAACCAUGUGGAGGAGCGCUUCUGCUCUCCUACGGCAAAUCAAGGGGUCCCAGUGCUCUAGUUGCUGGGCCCCAAGGCAACUGCCUCCUUUCCAUCCCCCUUUCCCGUCAGCAAACCUGACAACAUCCUAUUUUGAAAGCGUUUACGCUCGCCCCGCUAAGAAAUUAAUAAAAAUAGGUUAGCUGUACUCCAUGCUGCUUUGACCUCUGACUCAUGGCGGCUUCAUUAGCAUACCACACAAAGCUAAUACAUUGCUGAUUAGUUAGCCUGGGUUACUUUUUUUAAGUCAUCAUUAUUCUAAGCUUGACAACUACAUGUUACCCCCACUCCACUAGUAAAUAUUUAGAAUGUUAAGAAGUUGGAUCUUUAUACCUAUGUUCAACUCUAACUCACACUCCCUGUUCCCUACAUGGAAUAUUAAAAAAAAAAAAAUCUCUGUUCAGAAUAGGGUUGUAAAUCACAGCAAAUUUAAUCCCAAGAGCCAGAUAUUCCCAGCAGCAAUAAAACUGCUCCCAUCACACAGCAAGUGUAAUUUUCUAGCAAGUGCCGCUACCUGGCUGGCAGGAAACAGACGAAAUAUUGUCUAGUUACUGAAAUCUGGACCUUCAGCCAUGUUUUCUAAAGAGUCAUCUACCAAUUACUCCUAAAAUUUUGGGCCUACAUUUUCAAAAGUGACCAGUGAUUUUGAAUACUGCCUUGAGACCCCAAAAGGGAGGUGACUUUCAGGUGUUGGUCACUCCCUCCCCUUGGAAAAUUAGGCCCCUUUCAAAGAAUGUUCAGUGGAGAACCCAGCAAUUGAGGCACCUAGAAUCACUUUUGAAAAUCCCAGCCCAUGGUCUAAAUGCAGCUUUCGGAAAAAAAAUUAACACAACUCCAUUGAAGUGGCUGCCCCCAUUCAUGCCAGAACCAUGCUAUACAAUUUAACGUCCCUUUUGAUUCAUGAGUAUUGUUGUUGAACAAUAAUUAUAUACUGUACUUUCAGCUCAUUUUUUACAAGAAGCAAAUAAAGCUCCCAUGCACAGUAAUGCACAGUUAUAUGGUACUAGAUAUUGUAAAUAUAUUAGAAUAGUAUUUGUUAAGUACAAUUGAGGAAUCCAAUUAAGUUAUUGUAUAUCGUUUAAAUGUCUAUAGAGUAUUUUAAAUUAUUGUGAACUACACUGAGUAAAAAAUAUAUAUAUUAUAACACCAACCACCCCAAAAAGUGGACCAAAAUGAAACUCUCUCAUCCAUCCAUCCCUCCCCCCACCCCCAUUUUAAAUAGUUAAGUCAGCUAUUCUUCAUGUUGAUCUUUCUACUGUGGAUUUGUCAGAUCAUCCUAUAGAAGUUUUGCUCAUUUGCGGUGGGGUGUUCAGAGAGGUUCUAUACAGCACAAAACGGGCUGACCACAACAGUGCAUGGACUUUGCUCUAUGUAUAGAGAAAAAAUAGUUUAAAUGUGUUUUGGUCAGAAAGCACCACUGCCCAUACUGAACUGAAACACGCAAAAAAUGACAUCAAAUCUAUUAAGGUGUUCACAAAAGCAAAUAGCUUACAAAUAACCUUCCUUGAAAUAAAAAAGUAGUUCAAUGUCAAAGACCUGUGAUAAAAGGUUUGAAUGCUACCAGCAACACAACAUGGUUUACAGUAACUUACAAUGACAGAGCUCAAAAUACUGUAUGUUGUUAAAGAGUUUAAGAACAAAGAUCAAUUUGUUUACUAUGUUAAUGUUGUAUAGCAAACAAAAAAAAUAUGAAACAUGUUUCCAUUAAAACUUAACUCUCCCCCUUCUAGACUCUCCCUUUUUUUGUUUUUGUUUUUUGUUUUGUUUACUUAUCAACCCUUUUAAAGCAUUUAAAAACAUGUGUAAUAGUCAUUUGGGUUAAGGCUUUUUUGUCAAUGGUGCACUCUAUGCUUCCCAAGUCUACAGCAGCUGUAUGCAUAUGGGUCAAGAAAUUAAUGGAAGUUGCUUGCACUGCCCUACAAAGUCCUUUACUGCAGAUGAGUGAACAUGUGAAGAUAAUGAGGAACAUGUAAGAGACCUGCGAAUAUUGUAUGUCCUGUUACAAUGAAGGACUUUAAAGUCAAUAGGACGAGUCACAUGCUUAAAAUUACAUUAACAUACUUAGUUAUCUUGCUGAAUCAGGAUUCAAGAGAUGCUUUUAUAACAUUAAACCUGUGACACUGAGUAGAAGAGAAAUAAUCUUCUCAAUGCAUAUGCCAUUUGUAUCUUUUCUUGUACUACAUUUAGACAGUAUGGUUUGUUAAAAUAUUUUUCCCUUCAGGAAAGACAUCUAGCUACAUAUAUAGCCAAAGUCUGUAUAAACUAAAACCAGAGUAACUUCAUUGAAACAAAUCAAUUUACUCUAGGUUUACACCAGUUUAAAUGUAAGCAGAAUUUUAUCCCCAGAUAAGAGAGAGAAUAUUGUACCUUUCAACUAUA